AUGUCGACGUCUGCGGUGCUGGUGCUUGCGCUCAGCGCUGUCUUCGCCUACGCUGAUCAGGAUGUGAAAAAUGCGACCGCUGCAGGAAGCUAUGGUUACGAUCAGCCAUAUAAUGAACCCUCUUACGCUGGUGGCUUCAAUUACCCUCCGUUUUACAAUGGACAAUACGGACCAUACGGACCAUAUGGACCAUAUGGAACGUUCGGACCCAAUUUCGACGUACUCAAGAACAGUGGGCGAUUAUGUAUGCAGCGUCGAUGUUGCCUACGGUGUCUAUACGUCGCAUCACCGCAGGGGUGGCCGUAA